AGUAAUCUAAUUGAAUGGUAUCGCCCAGGAAGGGGGAGAGACGGGUUGUUAAGCUAUCUCCUCGUCUUCGAUGUUGUGCUGCUCCACGCUUCUAUCGACUCCAAGGAAAUGUAACCAAGUGGUCUAACUUCCUGGAUUUAAUUUCGUGGUCGGUGCCCUCAUCGGUGCCAACCAAGGACUUUCGAAAUGGGUCAAAAGCAAAGUAAAGCAAAAGAUGUAAAUGGAGAAAAUGAGACACAGUCAAGGGAUUACUUAGAAAGAUCUUCAAAACGCUCUUCUAAUCGUUCUAUAGGCUCUGCAAGCAGAGAAACUACUCCGGCAAAUGAACAGCCAGCUAAAGCAUUUCCAGCCACUGAUCCUAAUAAUGAUUUAGCCAAAGACAAAUCAUUAUCAGGCGUGGAGACUGAGCAAAUUAUAUCCCCUGUUAAGUUACAAAAAGAGGAAACCGUUUGUGAUAAACAAUCACAGAAAUCCGAUCCUCAUGAAUCCACUCCCCACCCCAAGUCAGAAUCCCAGCCUAAUUUUGAUCAUUCUGUUCCUCUAACUCCUCUAAUAGUCAAUGACAUUGAAAACAACCAUAUAUCAAAGCCACGGGCAGCUUCUACUCCUGCAACUGCAAAUGGUAUGAUGGAAGGAACAACUCCACCACUCAGUCCAAAUUCUACAACUGACCAUAGUGAUGAUGAAGCUUAUACUUCAGACAGACAGUCAAGCUACCGCAGCCCCAGUCCUACCGGUUCCUACUCCUCACAAUCAACCUCCAGUAGUUUGCGCAGGUUACAAUCGGAUACCAGUUCGCUGGAACGAUCCUUUAACGUUAACUAUGGUAAAUUUUACAACACCAGUUAUUUGAAAGAUGGUUAUAACAGCUAUAUGAAAAGGGCCAGCAUCAACCCCAAAGAAAUGAGUAAAUCAUCUACUCAUUAUUGUAGACCAGAUAAUUUUUCCUAUUCGAAAGAACCAACUUUCCUUCGAAAUAAACAAGGAGGAAUGAUGCAGUUAGCAACUAGCAAAACUGUUAAAGUUCGAAGAAGCGCAUCACCUGUUGAUUUGAAAAAUGAUGAAGCUGUUAGAUUAAGUAUGUUUCCUGCUGGGAAACCUCCACUUCCUAAUGAAAUAACCAAGAUUGAAAGAGAAGAUUGGCCUGGGCCGCCAUCUCCAGCUGCAAUUCUACCCGAAAUAAUGAGACAAAGGCGAAAAAGUAAAGGAGAAGAAGAGGAAGACACUGAGGAACAACCUACAGAGGACCCUAAAAAGAAAAAAGAAUUCGAAGAAAUGUCCAAGUUGAAGGAUAGAUCCGGUUUGGGAUGUGUUAUCUACAAAGAAUUAGCUGAGCGCAAGUCUUUGCCUCCCCCUCCACUGGAUCCUUGGAAAGCAUCAAGGGUCCCCUCAGCUAAAUACGAGCCCAAGUUCAGCACAAGAUAUCAGUCCCCUAUGUUUGCUUCGCCAUCUCGUUUCUUGGAUCGACCCCAGAGAGCAUGGGAUGAUGGAGAUAUCAGAGCAUGUAGGUCUUUAACUAGGAUACCCAAUUACCCAGUUCCCAAACCUGGGUAUGGUGAUUAUGGCAUAUCACAACGAGCUGCAACUCUACCAUUGUCAGGAAUGUAUGGUGGGCCAUUAGAUUUUAGAUACUAUGAAAUGGAUGAGUCAUCAACUUCUCCAACAUCAUCUGAUGUCAAGCAUGCAAAUCACAUGGAUUCUAGCAAUCAGUCAGAUGACAGAAAAAUUAGUGAUUCAACUAUUAGUGAAGACAGAAAAUCAAAGCGAUCAAGUUAUUCUAGAGCUGGGGAACCUGGUGUUUAUGAUGGGCCAGCUGUAUCUCUGAUGACCUACCAACGCAACACUUGGCAUACAGAAUCUGAGCCACCAGUGUAUCCUUAUGAACGCCUGAAGAUUACCAACUUUGACUUACCCAAAGAUGUCGAUAGAAACUGUUUGGAGAUAUAUCUCGCCAAAGAGGAUUUUCAUGAAUUGUUUAAGAUGGGUCAGGAAGAAUUUUACCGACUUGCUGAAUGGAAACGUAAUGACUUGAAGCGAAGACACCACUUGUAUUAAAUUUGCUAUGUGCAACUAUGUAUAAACACAACAUGUCCACUUAUGCAAUCAAUAAUAUUUCAUUAUUAAACACACAUGCAGACACAACGCACAGAUACACACGUACACACACACACACACUCAUACACACACACACACACGUAACAAACAUGCAUACAUCUAUGACAACAAUGAUUUCAUUUGAUCAGUAAGGUGAUGGACAAGUGGUUCAAAAUGAACUUUUCUAGAUAGUUAAAACCUUAUGUGGUUUUGAUGUUUUGGUAUAAUUCUAUUUAAUAUACCAAUGGUCACAUAUAGCAGCAACUAGGUCUUUACUUUGAACUGUUAUUACUACUACUACUACUACUACCACUACUACAAAUAACACUGCUUCUUGGUUUAACCUUUUCCAUACAGUCUUUCAAGCCCACUGCAAGUAGCUUAUUGAAAUUUGAAUAGCUCUAUAUAUAAAUAUCAGAAUUCUUUCUCUCUCUCUCUCUCUCUUUCUCUCUCUGUCAUACACAUACAUGCAUACACUCUUUCUCUGUUCUGUCUGUCUCUCUCUUUCUCCAGUCAUUGCUGCUCACAAACAUUCAGAUGAAAUAAUCAUCUAAUUUAGUAAUCAUUAGCAAUGGCAGAAAGUAACGAUCUGCUUUCGAAUGCAGUCAGCUUCACUGUGUUGAAAAUGUAAUUUUUUCUUUUUUUUUUUGACACAGCUUAGCUUAUUCUCUCUGUAGCAUUUCUUACCAAUGCCAUCACAGACACACUAUGUGCACACAAUACUUUUCUCUGUGGCUGUGUUCUUCCAUUAUAAUCAAGAUACCAAAUUUGUUCAGUUUAUUUUUUCAUUGAAUUUGCUUACUUUUGCCAUUAAUUUUAUAACAGAAUUUUUUUUUUCCUAAAUAGUAACCAUCUGCUAAAAUGAUAUCCAUUCUAUAAAAAUAUUUACAUUGAAUUCUUUGUAAUUAUCUCCCUUGAUACCAACUCAUUGAAAAUAAAGUUCUAUAGAAUUAUCUGGAACUAGAGGGGCCUUAAUUUUUUUCUUUAUUUCCCUCUUGAAUUUGUGUUUGGUCAAACUGUUUGCUGCAAAAAUGCUUCUCCCUUGUUUAUUUUUACUCAUUGUUGUCUUUUCAUACCGUCUGCAUCUUAAAAAAAAAAUCUCUCUCUGGUUAUCUUAAUUUUAAUGAAUUAUUUCAAAAAUAUCUUCAAUUCUUUUUCAUUUUCCCUCCAAACAAAUUCAGCAAAAGAUUGUCAAGUGUUAAUAGCUUCAUCAUUCAAUGUAAUCAGUUAUUAAACAGAUAAUAUUUGUAAAGUAGGUUGCUCUAACAAAUUGAUUUUAAAAUUCUGUGCGUUCUUUUUCCUCUUAAAUAUUGUUAAUCGAAAAUAUUAUACAAUACAGCUUACUUAGCUUAUAAUUUCAUAAAUAUAAAUCAUAUUUUGUGUUUGUGGGGAAAUACAUUUUAUUUUUCUCUUAGCCAUUAAAUUUAGUGAUUCCUUCGCCAGUGCCUUUUUAAUGCAUUAUCAGCCGGGCAAUUAAAUUAACAUGGAGUGUUUAAUGGGUGCGUGAGUAGUUAUUUGUAUAUGUAUGCUUGGGUAUAAUUAUAUAUAUAUAUAUAUAAAUAUAAAUAUAUAUAUAUAUAUAUAUAUAUACGUGUGUGUGUGUGUGUGUAUGUGUGUAUAUGUAAUGAUUGUUCAAAGAGGUUGUUUACUACAGGCUGUAUUAUAUGUAUCUAAUUUUUCUUUGGAUUUAGCCUCUAGCUACUAAUGUUUGUAUUUUAGUGUGAUCUUGUAACUACUACAUGGAUGCUGUUUCUUUCUGUUGAUAAUACCAUGUAAUUUAUCACAGAAUGUAAAACCUUAAGCAGUUGGUCUCACUUGUAUAUUCUACUUCUAAAGUCUUGUUGAUGCAUUGUUCUUUUCCUAAUUUCAUCCCACAUUAGUAAGUAUGGAAUGAAACAUCUUGACAUCUAUUGAGAGGAAUGUUUAUUUUCUUUCUAGUAGAUUUUUAAAUAAGACACAUCUUUGUCUUUUUAACUUGAGAAAAUAUGUAAAAAAAAAAUGUAUAAAAAAAAUAAAAAAGAAACAUUACAAAAUGAAGUUUUCUCUAAUGUUUCAUUUUUAACUAAACAUCUUCAGAAGUUUGAGACUAUUAUGCUUAUAAUUAUGAUGCCUCAGUUAAUUUUCGUACUGUUUUGUUCAAUCACCUAAUAUGGAUAAAUUGUCAUUUUUAUCUUUGAUAUAUAUUUAUAUGUGAAUAUUAAAUUUUAUUUUUUUAAUGGGGCAGAUCAUUUAGGUUUGCUGUUUAUAUGUAUAUCAGUAACAUCACAUCUACCUUUAGUAUUUUGAUUCCAUGAAGCAUCUUAAAUUGAACUUCAUCUUUUAAUAUUUUUAUGUUAUUAGGAGUACCUUUGACUAGAUGUUUCUAGGACUAUAAGAACCUAACAAGUGUCUCUCCAUUCCUAGAUUGAGGCGUGUACUGUCAAGUGAUUUGCUAACAACAACACAACUCUUGUGACAAAAUUCAAAUACACAACCCAUGAGCUACAAGAUAACUUAAUCGAUGUGCUUUACUUAUAAAACAAUUUAUGUAAUUACUGUGGAAUAAAUGUGAUAAAUUCACAAGUUAGAUUUGAAAGAAAGGAAACUUGAUUAUUAAUCAAUUAACCUUUUUUAAAAAAUUAUUCAGUCAAGUUUUUCAAAUAACUUAGUACUGAGCAAGAGGAAAUAGAAUAAGCAAAAAAUAUUUUAAAAGUUUUUCACGUCAAGUUUCUUAUUGUAAGGCUUUGAAUUCUCUCCCUUCUCUGAACGCUAAACCUCUACUGUUGAAUAGAACUCAGUGGAUAAUAUAGUAUUAUGAAUCAUUAAUAAGCUGUUGAGAAUUGUGUUGUUAUUUUAGCUAAGUUUCAUAUUCUGACUGUACUAAUAAUGAAUGUGAAACUAACUAAACAUUUUAUUUUAUUGAAAUAAAUAUUGAGAAAAGACAAUAUUAAGUCAACACUUCCAAAUUAUGUUUCUGAUUUGUAAUACAACCAAAGUAUACUAAAAGAGAAAAUUUGUCCCAAUAAAUAUUUUGUUUUCAUUGCCUAAUUAGAUGAGCCUUUGAAAUGCUAUAAAUUAAGAAAAUCAGUUUGAUAUUUCAUUAGCUUGAUUUUAAUGAAUCUUGCAACUAUCAUUCUUUGUAUUAAUUAGUGUUUUGAAUUGAGCUUCUGGAUUAGAAUAUAGGAUUAGGAACAUGCUAUUUUCACACUACUUAUAUAUCUUUUAUUUUCACACUUUCUUUCUUUAUUUUUUGUGAUCAAUUACUAUAUUUCUACUAAUUUCUUAUUACUAAUUUUUAAAAUGUAAAUUGAAGAUUUUUUUUUCAUUGAAAAAAUCUGGCAAAUUCUUUUUAAUUAUUAGGAUUCUCUUUUGCCAUAGUACUUAUGUAAUGAAAUAGUUUGGCGUCAUGUACCUUUGCUAGCUGCUAAGUUGGUUUUUGAAACCUUCUGACUAAUCCCUACUCUACAUUCCUGAUACACUGAACAUUUGACUUAUAUAUUUUUUUUAUAAAAACUCUUUAUAAGGAAUUAUUUAAAAUUUUUUUCCUGAAUUUGUCAAAUAUUUCAUUAGUGUUAUUUGUGGGUUAUUUUUUUUUUCCAAUUGAUCUAAAAUGUUGGCUUUAGAAAAAAAUGUUUCUUUCAUUUCUUUUCUGUCUUUUUUUUUUUCUCACCCCUAAUGUCUUCAGAUUUGAACCCUUCACCUCUAUGUGUGCAUGUGUAUCUGUUUUGGCUGCCUCCAACAAAAUGCCAUAUUGUUUCUCUGAUUCGAUCCACUGGCUUAUCUUCUCUCUCUUCACUCUCUUCCUCUCUUCUGCAUGUCCUCUCCACACACUAUACUUUUGCACUGUUACGAUUGCUAAUUUUGUCAGUGACUCAGUAGAGCCCAAUUACAAUUCAAUUGUUUAUUUGCUGAGAAUGCUUUGAUAUUUCUUUCUAUUUUAAAUGCCAGCAGCGUCCUUUCAAAAACUGUACAAAUGUGUUCUAUUGUGUGUUUCAAACAAUAUACAAAGGCCAACUGUCCAUUUUGCCUUUAAAAAUAAAUUUUAAAUUAAACUUCA